GCUGUAGUGGGCCAAUUGCAGAAAGACCUAGAAGAGGUAAAGGUCUUGUUGGAAAAGUCCACUAGGAAAAGAGUGCGUGAUGCCCUUACAGUUGAAAAAAACAAGAUUGAGACAGAAAUAAAGAACAAGAUGCAGCAGAAAUCACAGAAGAAACCAGAACUUGUUGACAGUGAAAAGCCAGCUGCUGUAGUUGCUCCUCUUACAACAGGAUAUACAGUGAAGAUCAGUAAUUAUGGAUGGGAUCAGUCAGAUAAGUUUGUGAAAAUCUACAUUACCUUAACUGGAGUUCACCAGGUUCCCAUUGAGAACGUGCAAGUGCAUUUCACCGAGAGAUCAUUUGAUCUUUUGGUGAAGAAUCUAAAUGGGAAGAAUUACUCCAUGAUUGUGAACAAUCUUUUGAAACCCAUCUCUGUGGAAGGCAGUUCAAAAAAAGUCAAGACUGACACAGUUAUCAUCUUAUGUAGAAAGAAAGCAGAAAACACACGAUGGGACUACUUGACUCAAGUUGAGAAGGAGUGCAAAGAAAAAGAAAAGCCCUCCUAUGACAAUGAAACAGAUCCCAGUGAGGGAUUAAUGAAUGUCUUAAAGAAAAUUUAUGAAGAUGGAGACGAUGAUAUGAAGCGAACCAUUAAUAAAGCCUGGGUGGAAUCAAGAGAGAAGCAAGCCAAGGGAGAGACAGAAUUUUAAGACUUCAGUUUUGGGGAACUGUGUUGUGGAAAUUUGUGUUUCCAGUAAGGGAAUGUUGUUGAACUGCACAUAAAUUUGAGAGACAAGAAUUUACAUAGCCACCUUCUAGGAGAAGGCAGUGAGCUUGCCAGUGGAGGAUGUAUUUUAAAUAUGAUUAUUAAGCUUCCUCCAAAGAUAGUUUCAUUAGUACCCUGGUAAUUUUGUUCAAAAAAGGGUUAUGGCAUUCUUGUUGAGAUGUAAAAAGUGUGUCUAACCCAACGAAAAUGAUACAUUGUGUAUUUCUGUUCAGUUGGAAGGUAGGAAACAAAAGUAUUUGACUGCCUGUAACUUACAUCAGCUAUGCUAAUGUAAAAAUAAGAGUAAAGCUAAAAUAUUCACUAAAAUUCCAAUUUGUACAUGUAUGUGACAGUUACUGCAGAGCAGUUGAUACUUUAUCACCAGCUUGAGCAGUGUAUAUACCAUGCAUUACCAUGCUCUAGUCAUCCAAUCACAAGUGCUCCUAUCUAGAAUUAAAUAUAUGUUUGUGAAUAUAAAAUUGAGACAAAAUACAAACUUGACAAAAAUGUAUAAGCAUCUUUAUAUGAGAGGAACUGCCAUGGACCAGAUGGUUUACAGAACAGCUAUGAAACAAAAAUAAUUUGAAAGUCCAUCUAUGCCUAUGUUCAAUAAAGUUUGAUUUUUAUUUAAA